AAAGGUGCCAAAGAGUGUGUUGACUUUUCCCUUAUUCUCCCAUCCCAAUUAGGCCAUAAAAAUAAAGAGAUAACCUCUGCAAAUACCCCUCUCCAUAGCCAUGAACCGAGCUCAUGUUUGAAGGAGGCUCAAGGAAGAAGAAAAGCUUGGAAUAGAAGAGAAAAACUUAUUAAACUCAAGGUCUUUUACCAAAAUAUUCUAGACUUCUCAAGGAAUCUAGGAGUGGCCGGAAAAGUCGCCGGAGCCGCCGGAGUUUUCGCCGGAAAAUUCAAAAGUUGCCGGAGUUCAAACAAAGAAGAUAAAACCUUGCUAGCGUCAUUUCGAGAAUUAGGAAUUAUGGUGUUGGAAAGGGAGACUUUGAAGUGAAGAAAACAAGAAAUUUGACUGUCCAGGAGCAAAACCCGACCGGGUAGAAAUCCUCACCCGGUCGGGUAGGAUUUAACAAAAGUAAGGAAACUGCCAGACCCGGUCGGGUCCCCUACUUGACCCGGUCGGGUCAGACAUGACCCGGGACAAAACGACGUGCCGAAGAGCACCAGAACGUGGAGAAUAUCUGAUUUUGACAUUUACCCGGUCGGGUAUGCCCAUUUACCCGGUCGGGUAAAUGCCCUAGGGUGUUGAAAACACCUAUAAAUAGUCCCAUUUUCCUUCACUUUUAAUCAAUCCCUUCUUCCAUACUCUUAAGCUCAGUUUAGAAUAGUAUUUCUUUUAUAUUUUUAUAGCAUGUUUAGUCUCCAAAUGAGGAGCUAAACUUCCAUUUCUUGGUGUUGCUCUUGAAGCUUAAUGAUUAUUAAAGUUGUGAGUUAUUUUCUUAACUUCUUCCCUUGAAUAUUAAUUAUUCUCUUAAUCUAUCUAUAUAUUAAUGUUGGGGAGUGUUGCUAAGAUGACAAUUAGUUAACAUCUCGACAUUAGUUAUAGUAGUAUCUAUUUUCUUCCUCUAUAUAUUAAUGUUGGGGAGUGUUGCUAAGAUGACAAUUAGAUAACAUCUUGACAUUAGUUAUAGUAGGAUCAUUCAUAUUUAAUCUUCUUCCUUGAAUAUUAAUUCUUCCCUUAAUCUAUCUCUAUGUUAAUGUUGGGGAGUGUUGCUAAGAUGACAAUUAGUUAACAUCUCAACAUUAAUUACUACUAGAAACGUUCAACGAACCGAUGGUUAAUCGUUGAUGGUUUCACAAGUAAGUAACUUCGGUUUAUUAAUGCACGGUCGUGGUUAAUAAACUUAAGAGGGAUUAAUUUUGUUGGUUAAACCGAAACCGUUGUGUUGAGGUUAUCAAUCUCAAUUGAUUUCAUCAAGGAGUUAAGAGAUUAAAUGCUACUAUCAAGUCGGUAUAUGGCGGUGUUCUAUACUUGACUGAUAGUAAGGGUUAUUAAUGAACGGUCGUUGUUAAUAACUACCCUCGAUGAAUUGGAUAUACUCCUCGAUUGAGUAUUCGAGAGGGGAUAAGUUAUAGAUAUAACAAUGAUCGACUAAAAUGUAUCAACAAGUGGAAAGUAGCAAUGCCAAGUUCUUCUUAUCUUUGAAUUAAAUCACAUUUAAGUCCUUCAUCUUAGUAUUUAAUUAAUUAAAUUCCAACAAUACCAAAACCCCCCUUUUGUUUACUAGUUUUAUAAAAAAGAGAAUUGUUUCCUUUCCCUGUGGAUACGAACUCUACUACGGUAUACUACGUAUAAGUGGUAGUAUUGAAUUUAUUUUGACGCACCGUGACAAAGUGCACGUCAAAUUUGGCGCCGUUGCCGGGGAAAGGCAAUUAAUUUUUCUUUUUAUUUUAUUUUAAGGAAAAAGAUUUUUUUUUUACUUCAAGUAUAAAGAUUUCUAUUUCUUCUGAGCUUUGAAGUAUAUGGUUAAAUAUCGUUCACUGAACGAAAUCACCUACAAAUCAAACCCCGAAAUAGAACAAACUCUCGAGCGGUUGAAGAAUAAAUUCUCAAGCUCCGACUCGGGAGAAUCAUCAAGUGCUAGUUCUCAAUCUAGCGAGAAUGAAGAGCCAAUUACUAUGGCUCAUGAAACGAGAACAUUGAGGGAGCUCACGGCUCCGAAUUUAGAUCAACAACCUCUAUGUAUCACUUUUCCAACUCUUGAUACGGGGGGUCACAUUUGAGCUAAAAUCUGGGCUCAUUCAUCUCCUUCCAUCAUUCCAUGGUUUACGAGGGGAGGAUCCGAACAAACACUUGUCAGAGUUCCAUAUUGUGUCCACAAGCAUGUGCCCCAAUGGUGUGUCCGAGGAGCAAAUCAAACUGAGGGCCUUUCCAUUCUCUCUGAAGGAUACCGCAAAGGACUGGCUAUUCUAUCUUCCUUCGGGAAGUAUCACCACAUGGCCACAAAUGAAGAAGGCUUUUCUUGACAGGUACUACCCCGCUUCUAUUUCAUCAUCACUCAAGAAGCAAAUAAGCAACAUUGAACAAAAAGAUGAUGAAUCUCUAUACGAAUAUUGGGAGAGAUUCAAGAAGCUAUGUGCGAGUUGCCCCUAUCACGGAUACACCGAACAAGACCUCAUUCUCUACUUUUAUGAUGGUCUUGUGGAUCAAGAUCGCCACAUGGUGAAUGCAGUGUGUGGAGGAGCUGAGGCAUUGUCAACAAAACUCCUUCACAAGCGAGAGAUCUCAUCUCGGAGUUGGCCGAGAACUCUAGACACUAUAACGGGCGGUCCUCAAUCCAUAGAGUUAUGGCGGCAGAAUCCAACAACUCGUUGGAAAGUCAAGUGAACGGCUUGACAAGUCAAGUUACCGACUUGACUUCUUUGGUUAAGGAUUUCCUUUUAAAGUCCAAGACCCAAGAAGUCAAGGUCUGCGGUAUCUGUACACAACAAGGGCAUCCCACGGACUCAUGCCCAACUCUUCAAGAAGACACCACAGAACAAGUCAACGCCUUGGGUUUCCAAGGACAUCAACAAUGGAGGUACGACUCAUUUUCAAACUCUUACAAUCCCGGAUUGAGGGAUCACCCAAACUUGAGGUAUGGAAACCCUCAACAAGCCAACCCACCUUCUCAAUCGAGUAUGUCUACGGAAGACAUGAUUCGAACUCUUGCUACGAGCAUGGGCACCUUGCAACAAAACGUGGUGCAAUUUCAACAAGAAACAAAGUCAAGCAUUCAAAAUUUGGAAACUCAAGUUAGCCAAAUUUCGAAUGCUGUGAAUCGACUUGAAGCAAGAGAUUCGGGUAGGCUCCCUUCCCAAACUGAGCAAAACCCAAGGCAACAAGUCAAUGCUAUCAUGCUAAGGAGUAGCCCGGAAUUACAAGCAAGGGAAGUUGAAGAAGAAAAAGAUGAGGUUGGCCACAAAGAGGAAGGGCCAACAAAAACAAAAUUCCCUCCGUUGUCAUCAUAUGAACCACUCCCUCCAUUCCCUGAGGCGCUGAAGGACACAAGGAAGCUGGAGAAUGAUCGGGACCUCUACGAGACCUUCGCCAAUUGUGAGGUAAAUAUCCCACUCUUCAAAAUAAUCAAAAGUGUUCCCCGUUAUGCAAAGUUUUUAAAAGAACUAUGCACAAUGAAAAGAAAAAAUAAAUUGAAAGCAAAACAAGAGGUAAAGGUUAGUGAACGUGUCUCAACAAUUUUUCAGAGGAAACUCCCGGAAAAAUGCAACGACCCAGACAUGUUCACUAUCCCAUGCAAAAUAGGGGACACUUUAUUUCCUAGGGCCUUGUUGGAUUUAGGGGCUUCAAUCAAUGUUAUUUCAUAUUCAUUAUACAAGUCCCUAAAACUUGGCCCUAUGCAUGAUACCGGGGUAGUAAUCCAGUUGGCGGAUAGGUCUAGCACGUACCCAAAGGGUGUCGUAGAGGACGUGCUAGUAAAAGUUGAAAAUUUGAUCUUCCCUGUUGAUUUCUACAUUCUUGAGAUGGAAACCGAUAACCGAGCUACACCCAUCCUUUUGGGAAGACCCUUCUUAAAAACUGCCCAAACAAAAAUAGAUGUGUCUAAUGGUUCAUUAACUUUAGAGUUCGAUGACCAAAAAGUAGAAUUCAACAUCUUUGAUUCUACGAAAAAACAAAUUAAAGAACAAUCCCUUUGUUCUCUAAAUUUUUUUGAACCACAAGCACAAAAUAUUUUUAUUGAGAAAAAGGCUAAGGAAAAAUCUAUUUUGAAGGAAGAAUAGCCUCAAUACGAGUUAGAACCACCUGUGGUUGAGGCGAUAACAAAAAAGAAAUCUCAGCCUUACUGGAAAAGGACAAAGAAGAAAACUGAAAUGUGGCCAAACAUGGCUUUUGAAAACGAAACAAGGGAUGUUCACGAUCCCACAUAAAACAGAAAACAAAAAAGAAAAUAAAAAAUAAUAAUAACGUCGUGCCGCGACAUUAAAUGAGGCGCUUCUUGGGAGGCAACCCAAGUUUGUACUUUGUUUAUUUUCAUUUUUCUUUUGUGUGUGAAAAAACCUUUCAAAAAAAAAAACGGUCGGGCCUCAUAUGACACCCGGGCGGGUAUAAGGUAAAAAUACCCCACCCGCACAACUCACCCGGGAAAAGCAGAAAUAAAAACAAUUUUUUUUAAACCCCGACCGGGUGCAUUAUUUUACCCGGCCGGGUUGUUCGGCUAAAUAGCUACUGCUAGUCCUGGGCAAUUAAACUCGACCGGGUGUUUGCAAAUUUUUCCAACCCGGUCCCUGAAACGCACCACCCGAUCGGGUCACCUUCAUAUACCCGGCCGGGCGUUUUUUUUCAAAAUGUUUCUGGAUUGCAAAGGUUAAGCCCGACCGGGUCGUAUUACCACACCCGGCCGGGUCAUCGGGUUUUGACCAAAAAAAAAAAAAACAGAGAGGCGGGCAACCUCUUCCGCCCCUUUCUUCCUUUUCCUCCAUUUACGAAACCCCCCAAUUUCCUCCAUUUUCAUACACCACAAACCUCAACACUCUGUCAUUUUCCCUACAAAUCCAUCAAACCAGGGGCGGAUCCAGGAAUCUUAGAUGCCCUAGGCUGAAUAGAAAUUAUACUAGACUUAAAUAUUAAAGGGGUGGGCUAAAUGCAAAAAAUGAAAAAAUUUACACUAAAAAAAUUGAAAAAUUUCUAAGUUGCCCUGGGCUUCAGCCUACCAUAGCAUGUACAUAGAUCCUCCCCUGCAUCAAACAAACCCCUUCUCUUUAUCUCCUCAUCACCCUCUUCAUUCCUACACCCACAAAACAAAAAAAAACGAAAAACCUUAACCCCCUUACUCCAAAAACAACAAAAGCCCAAAUUUCCUACACCAAAACUAAAGAAAUGACGCCAAAAAGGGCAAAGAGAUUCAUCCUCUUGGACAUCUCGGACACAAGCACUAGGGACAGUGCUUUGAUUAGCUUGGGGGGAGAGUUUCAUGGAAUACUCACAUUCAUACUCUUUGUUCUUUUUCCCAAAAAAAAGAAAAAAAAAGGAAAAAAAAGAAGAAGAAAAAAAAGCUUGUUAAGUUGAAAAACUGAAAAGGCAACUUAAGCAAAAAUAAAGAAAAAAUAAGAGUAAGUUGUGAGGAUUAAAACAGAAAAAUGUGGGAAGCUGGGAUGAAAACCCGAAAGGGCACCUAGGCAAAAUGAGAGAAUGAGAGCAAGUAUUUUCUUUUUGCAGGAUCCUAAGGGUAACGGAAAAAAAAAUUGAGGUUGAUAGAAAAUAUGGAGUUAAAGAUCUCUCUUUACUCUUAUAUUUUUGGGGAUACUUUUGUAUUGUUCUAAAUACACACUUGGAUGUUUGAGUUGAUACUCUUGUCAUUUAAGGACUUCUUGGACAUGAUUUGAUUUACUCGAGACGAGUAAAGGUUCAAGUGUGGGGGUGUUUGAUAUGCACUAAUGAGUAGUGCAUAAGUGUGUGUUUUUUGUGUUUGAUUUGUGUGUAUUGUUUAUCGUUUUAUUUAUAUUUUAGUUUGUAAACAUCUGUGUGAUUUUAGUUGUAAUUGUAUUUUAAUCAUUAUUUGUAAAUUGUAAAGUAGAAUUAGGAAUUAUGGUGUUGGAAAGGGAGACUUUGAAGUGAAGAAAACAAGAAAUUUGACUGCCCAGGAGCAAAACCCGACCGGGUAGAAAUCCUCACCCGGUCGGGUAGGAUUUAACAACCGAAGAAGUAAGGAAACUGCCAGACCCGGUCGGGUCCCCUACUUGACCCGGUCGGGUCAGACAUGAACCGGGACAAAACGACGUGCCGAAGAGCACCAGAACGUGGAGAAUAUCUGAUUUUGACAUUUACCCGGUCGGGUAUGCCCAUUUACCCGGUCGGGUAAAUGCCCCAGGGUGUUGAAAACACCUAUAAAUAGUCCCAUUUUCCUUCACUUUUAAUCAAUCCCUUCUUCCAUACUCUUAAGCUCAGUUUAGAAUAGUAUUUCUUUUAUAUUUUUAUAGCAUGUUUAGUCUCCAAAUGAGGAGCUAAACUUCCAUUUCUUGGUGUUGCUCUUGAAGCUUAAUGAUUAUUAAAGUUGUGAGUUAUUUUCUUAUCUUCUUCCCUUGAAUAUUAAUUAUUCUCUUAAUCUAUCUAUAUAUUAAUGUUGGGGAGUGUUGCUAAGAUGACAAUUAGUUAACAUCUCGACAUUAGUUAUAGUAGUAUCUAUUUUCUUCCUCUAUAUAUUAAUGUUGGGGAGUGUUGCUAAGAUGACAAUUAGAUAACAUCUUGACAUUAGUUAUAGUAGGAUCAUUCAUAUUUAAUCUUCUUCCUUGAAUAUUAAUUCUUCCCUUAAUCUAUCUCUAUGUUAAUGUUGGGGAGUGUUGCUAAGAUGACAAUUAGUUAACAUCUCAACAUUAAUUACUACUAGAAACGUUCAACGAACCGAUGGUUAAUCGUUGAUGGUUUCACAAGUAAGUAACUUCGGUUUAUUAAUGCACGGUCGUGGUUAAUAAACUUAAGAGGGAUUAAUUUUGUUGGUUAAACCGAAACCGUUGUGUUGAGGUUAUCAAUCUCAAUUGAUUUCAUCAAGGAGUUAAGAGAUUAAAUGCUACUAUCAAGUCGGUAUAUGGCGGUGUUCUAUACUUGACUGAUAGUAAGGGUUAUUAAUGAACGGUCGUUGUUAAUAACUACCCUCGAUGAAUUGGAUAUACUCCUCGAUUGAGUAUUCGAGAGGGGAUAAGUUAUAGAUAUAACAAUGAUCGACUAAAAUGUAUCAACAAGUGGAAAGUAGCAAUGCCAAGUUCUUCUUAUCUUUGAAUUAAAUCACAUUUAAGUCCUUCAUCUUAGUAUUUAAUUAAUUAAAUUCCAACAAUACCAAAACCCCCCUUUUGUUUACUAGUUUUAUAAAAAAGAGAAUUGUUUCCUUUCCCUGUGGAUACGAACUCUACUACGCUAUACUACGUAUAAGUGGUAGUAUUGAAUUUAUUUUGACGCACCGUGACAAAGUGCACGUCAGUAUCAUCCAUCAAAGUGCAUAUAGGUAACAAGGGCAAACGCAGUCCUUGAGGUGUGUUUAACCUCCAUCAAAUUGCAUAUAGGUAACAAGGGCAAAUGCAGUCCUUGAGGUGUGUUUAACCUCCAUCAAAUUGCAUAUAGGUAACAAGGGCAAAUGCAGUCCUUGAGGUGUGUUAACCUCCAUCAAAGUGCAUAUAGAUAACAAGGGCCCGUGUAGUCCUUGAGGUGUGUUAACCUCCAGUAAAUUACACAUAGGAUGAGGGUGUAUGCGUACUCCUCGAGGCGGGGUUAACCCGGAAAUGAAAACUAUGAUAGCAAGGACGGAUAGUCCUCGAGGUAGGUGAACCUCGAAGUAAUGAUUUUAUAUGAUUAAACGUGCUUGAUCGGGAACGAGUUUCCGGUAGAAUAUUUUCCUUGGUCUAGGAAUUGAUUUAAACCAUGUCCGUGAUAUGGGAGUCCGAAGGGGCCCACAGUAAUUAUAUUUUGAUAUCGGGUGAGUCAGCCUGCGGGUGACUCCACUCGAGGGUAAGAUAUAGGAAAGGUGAAUUUAAUGAGGCUGUUACGCCUAAAUGAUUUGAAAGACAAACGGGCCCACGGGCCGGAUAUUUUACUCAUAUGUAUAUAUAUAUGUAUACAUUUUGUUUUGAAAAGGGGUAGCUAAGAGUUAUGCCCAUAAAUAUACUAUCACCCUAUUUUGAGGGUCUCACGUGAGAAACGUUAGUUACAUACAGUUUGCCCUCACCAGUACUUUUUUGUAGUACCGAUCUCUCGGGGGAACCACCCUUUCAGGUUGAAGCUAGAGCUUACUUCCUGCACCCGUUGCUCGGGAGAUCGAUGGAGAGAAGACGUGGUUCGUGCUUCCUCUCGUUCUAUUUUUAAAUAAUUAAAUAAUGCUCAUGAAACUAUUUUCACUUAUAAAUUAAUGGAGCCUGCGAGCUCUUGUUUUACCCUUGUGUGAGUUCUUACUAAACACUUAUAUUCCGC